GGGAAAUAUUCUUUUAUGAUGUCUGGGAUGCCACGACCAGUAAGGGCUCAGCCUGCUGUGAUGGAAAUGUUUGAUGAUCGGCCAAUAAAGCCUAACAGAAAGAUAAAGCUCCGGUGGUUGAACCCAGAUGAACCUGAUUUUGAGGUGGCAAAGCAAUUAAAGAAUCUUACACGCAAACAUAAUGCAAAAAUAGAU